CGAAAGGAGUGACGCAGCCUGCUUCCACUUCCACUGGGACAUGAAUCGAAUCAUUCAUAAAGGAACAAUCAACACUCGCCUACUCUGACACGUGCUUUGACUUAUACGCACUUCAUCUCGUCUUCAACAACCACCGCACUACACACGAUCGCCAGUGCUCAGCGUCAGAACCCCGUACCGAGCUCGACAUACUUAGCGCUGUCCCGUUUCCCGCACUGCAGACGUCCCAUCGACCGGUAAUUUCGGUUCGACCCGCAACUACAACCAACGAGCUGAGGGUCCAAGUCUCUCACUUCCUGACGCCUCCCGAUUGACUUCAACUCUCACAUAACCAACAAAAUACGCCAUGCCACCUCCACCACCUCCUCCCCCUCCGCCGCCUCCGGGUAUGGGGGGACCUCCGCCGCCGCCGCCCCCUCCCCCCGGAGCACUUCCAGGCCGACCACCUGCCGGUCUUCCUAAUAGGGGUGCUUUGCUCACAGAUAUCACCAAGGGAAGGGCGCUCAAGAAAGCAGUAACCAAUGAUCGAUCGGCACCCAUCAUCGACGCAAAAUCGGGCAGCGGACCAGGUCCAUCUCCAUUAGGGGGGGCUCCUCCUAUUCCCGGCCUGCCCAAGGCUCCCGGAGGUCUUGCGCCUCCAGUACCCGGAAACCGUGCCCGUAGCAACAGCGAUUUAGCCGACCGGAAUCAAGGAGGAUCAACGGGCAUGGAGGCUGCGCCGCAGCUCGGAGGCCUUUUCGCUGGAGGCAUGCCAAAGCUACGGAAGACGGGUGGUGGUGUAGAUACGGGCGCCAACCGGGAUUCAUCAUAUCUUUCCGACCCGGAGUCGACAUCUAGAUCAGCCCCAAAGCCACCAACGGUCUCGGCCCCCCGCCCGCCUCCCGGCGCAGCCCCGGCGAUUCCUGGACGACCAUCAGCUCCUACUUUCCACCCCUCAAUGGCCAACCUCAGGAAGACUGCGAGUUCGGCAUCGUCAAAGCCGCCUCCGCCGCCAGUUGGCAAGAAACCGCCCCCCCCUCCGGGCUCCCGCAAGCCUUCUGCGGCUAUCCACUCUUCGGCACCUCCUUCAGCUCCACCUCCACCACCCAUGUCCGCACCUCCCCCGCCCUCAUUUGGCGCUCCGGCACUUCCUCCGGCUCCUCCCCCGCCGCCUCCCUCAGCGGCCCCGCGACCACCACCGGCUCCAUCACGUUCGCAGCCUCUUCCUCCACCACCUCCGCCGUCCUCGUCAACCAGCAACCUCUCCCAGAACAUUGCCGUCCAAGCCGCCAUCCGCGCCGCGAGCAGCGUCUCACCAGCAGCACCCCCUCCGCCACCUCCGCCCAGCGCUCCUCCUCGCUCUCCUCAUUCGGCUCCCGCACCUCCUCCUCCACCGCCGCCAUCCUCGGCACCAGCUCCUCCUUCGCUUUCCCACUCGCCCUCGACGAGAUCGGCACGAUCAGGCUCCGUCAUCAAGUCUAUGCUUGAUCCUAGCAACUUCAUCCUUACACCGAACGGUACAGGCGGAAACAAGUCCCCAAGUCCGGUGCAUUCCGGUGGCGGCAGUACGAGGUACAUCGUUCAGGAUCCAAGGUGGAAGUUUGUGAGCGAGGAUACGUUCCCGAAGCCUAGGGAGUUCAUUGGCGGGCCGAGAAAGUAUCGCGCGGGCAGGGGAAGCAGUGUGCCGUUGGAUUUGAGCGCCUUGUAGGACCGGCACUUGGAGAAGAAAUGGGAUACUUAGAUGAGAUUGGGUUGGGUAUGGAUGGUUGUUGAGGGACUAAGCGAGUAGUAAGUGACAAUGCGUAGGACGGGAGUUGAAAAAAGGAGGGACGUCAAAGUUGACUUCAUCGCAAGGCGGUCAAGUUUCUUUUCAUUGCGCAGAUGCUACUUAUCAGUUUUGUCGUGGCAUCGACUUGCACAGACACUAGUUUGCAUCCUUUUUCUACCUUCUUGCAUAUAGUAUAAUAUAUUAUACAUGCUAGCCUCAUGGGCGGCAAAUAGACUUGGAUAACAA